AUCAUACUUAGCACCCAGAGCCAACUGUCCGUUUCAGGCUCGAUUUGGCACCGCUGAACAGCUCAACGGACGCAACUUGUAUUAACUUGUUAUCUGAUUGUUUUCCCACUUCCGUACUUCGGUAACAGUUGCGUAAGCGAAAUUGUGGGAUUAUCACUAGUUUUGUAGCGGGGUAAUCCCCUCGGAAUUUCUAACGAGAUAUGUUCAAGUACUUCCAAUGUUUCACUGAAGAAGAGAGCACUAUUAUGCAGUCUGUACAAAUUGAAAUGUGAUCAAGCAGCCAUAAGCACGCGAAGCACAAAGUGAUGAUAUAAAAUGAAACAGCAGUCUGUAUAAUCCUACAGUCACAGACUUGAAUUGAAGAAGAGGAAUACUUUUCAAUGGCUAAUGGACAGUUAACUCAGACUAUAAAUGAAAUUGCAGAGGAACUGACCUCAGAUGAGUGUAAGAGGCUAUUCUACCUAUGUGGCAGUUUGGAUACUGAUAAAGGUUUGGACAAUGUAAGAGGAAUGUUGAAGUCUGUUAUGAAUCGCAAUGAAGCAGACCACAUGUUUCUACCAGAGCUCAUGUUCAGGAUCAGACGCUAUGAUAUUUUAAAGAAAAUACUGCAUACCAAUAAGAAAGAAGUUGAAAGAAUCUUGGGAAAUGGAUGCCAUGUAUCGGAAUACAGAGUGUUGAUGACUGACAUAAGUGAAGCACUGGGUGAAGAUGACCUGCAGUCCCUCAUAUUCCUGCUCAAUGGAACUCUGCCAAAAGGAAGAACGGAGAAAUCAACAAGUUUCCUGGACGUCGUCGUUGAGUUGGAGAAGCUAGGAGAGGUGUCCUGUGAGAAUGUGGAGCUGAUUGAAAGGUGCCUGCGCAGGGUCCACAGGGUUGACCUCGCUAAGAAGAUUCAGCGCUACCAGGCGGGAGGUCAGUCAUCUCUAGCAGGCAUUAAUGUAUGCAGACCAGCUGUAAGACAUCAGUGUGCCAAUGACAUGCCUGCUAUGACAUCGUUCGUCUCACCUGGUCUCCACAACACGUGGCAAUGCAUGCCCAAACCCCAGGCUGCAGAGAACAUGCAGUUUUCAGUGCCCGAAACAGGAUGGCACUAUAGCCAGAGCUCUCCGGAGGUGUACAGGAUGUGGGCGGACCCCCGAGGCACGUGUGUCAUCAUUGACUGCGUGGGCAGUGAUGGUGACAUGCUGGAACAAACUUUCAGCCAGCUGCACUUCAGGGUGGUCCUCUGCAAGUGGCCUAGCGUGGAGGAAGUCCGCUCCACCCUGAUGGAGGUGUCCCGCAGAGGGGACCUCCAGGGAGACGACGCGUUUGUCUGCUGCAUCGUCAGCCGGGCCACCUCCACCCACCUGCUGGCCACCGAGCUGGAGGGCCCGGGGCUGCGCUUCGACGCCGUCCGACGCCUCUUUUCCACGGAGGCCUGUCUGGGUUUGGCGGGCAAGCCCAAGCUGUUCUUCAUCCAGAGCUACAGCGUAGCCGGGCUGCAGUCCCAGCGGGGGCACGGGGACGAGGACCUGGAGACGGACUGGCCGGUGACCGCCUGCGCCGCGGAGAGCGUCCCGACCGACGCCGACAUCUUCUGGAGCCUGUGCAGGACGAGCGAGUGGCAGCUGCAGUACUCCGGGCACCGAUCUGUGUACCUGCGGGCCUUAAGUGCAGCUCUGCUCAAAGGCCAGGAGAGGAAACUCAGCCUUUUGGAUGUGCACACAGAGGUGAAUGCAAUCAUAUAUGAGCGACCCCAGAGCAACCCAGGAGAGGCAUACUCUAUCAGCCUGCAACACACACUGAGGAAAACGCUGUUCAUAUGAUGAAAGAGGAAGUGCUGUUUAAUACCCUAUAUGAUGAAGGACAACACUGUUUAUUAUUGUGAUCUUUGUUAUGAUGGAAGAUGUUUGUUAUCCUGUUGUUGUAAUGAAGGAGAAAGGGUUGUAUCAUACCUUCUUUAAUGCAUAUUUUCUGCCAGUUUGGAAAACUCAAUUUAUUAUGUGCAUUCAUGCUCUAUUUAUUUUGCAGACACAUAACACUAAACAAUUUUGUCAGAUUAUGGGUCCAUGCACUAGUGUGUCGUAUUGUUUUUAACACUGUGAAAUAUUUUGCUUUCAAGUGCAUGAUACACAAACUUAGCUUUUUUAUAUAAUAUUGUAUUUCUUUGUACCAGCUAAAUAUGGAUAUGUACAUCCACAUAAGUUCACCAGCUCAGAAGCUCAUUGUUUUCUUAGGCGUAGACUACACAUGUGCCCAGUUGGCAUAGGAAGAUUGCAGGGGCCCAGCUGACCAGAGCUGUUGCUGGAUGGGAGAGGGAAUCCCUACCAACUACAACUUUCCUUCAGCGGGCAAAACUAUGGGGAGUUUUGGGGGGAAAUUGCCAUCUAUAUCAGUGGGCAUUUAUAAUAUUAGUGAUAUAGGCUAGUAGUAGGCGGCAGUGUAGUAUAAUGGGUAAGGAGUUGGUCUUAUGAUUGGAAGGUCAUAGACUUGAUUCCCAGGUAGGACACUGCCGUUGUGCCAUUGAGCAAGGUACUUAACCUGCAAUGCUUCAGUAUAUAUCUUGCUGUAUAAAUGGAUGCAAUGUAAAUGCUAUGCAAAAAAGAAAAGAAAAAAAAGUUGUGUAAGUUGCUCUGGAUAAGAGCAUCUGCUAAAUGCCUGUAAUGUAGAUAUGAUAUAGCUAUCCUGUUUUCGUAUUCAGUGAAAAGAAAUACAAGACAUCCUAAAAUUAGACAUCUAGCUUUAUAGCUCAUCUUUUACAUCGUCUUUGGACAGUAAUAACCAAUUCACAGUCCUGCUGACAGCUUAAACUGUUUUUUUUUUUUAACGACGUAAACUAUUAUAAUCCGUUUAAUUUAAAAUAUAACCAUAGAAAUGGAGGCAGUGUAAUAUAAUGGGUAAGGAACUGGUCUUGUAACCUAAAGGUCGUAGGUUCGAUUCCCAGGUAGGACACUGACAUUGUACCAGCUGUAUAAAAGGAUGCAACAUGCACAGUUGUGUAAGUCGUUCUGAAUAAGAGCGUCUGCUAAAUGCAUGUAAUGUAAAUGCCGGCAACAAUUCCAGGAGAUGAUUAAAAUUAACUUGGUGUAUUUUGACUUCCUUUUCGAAGUCUGAACGGAA